CCUCUCGUUAAAAGAGGAAUCGAUCGCUAGGCAAGUAGGAGUGAGUGAAAGAAGCGCAUGCGUAGCACUACUUAACGGCCGUUCAAAGAUUAUCAUUGAUAUCAGUUGGAAGUAACGCGUGCCUUGCGAUGCUUUGGGUAGCCGUAACAUACGUCUACUACGUCCAGUGCCAAACUGCAACCAUCGUCAACUUCGUGUUCCUUUUGGAGUUGGCAUUAGCUGCAUUACCGCCCGGCGCAGAAGAUGAAAUUAUACUGAUUGAGCAUUUACCAGGACGACGCGUCCAUCUUCAAGACUUUUUCUGGACAGCUGCGGAGGACACACCUACGUGGCUAAGUCCCAUUAUCACGCUUUAUAAGACACACACGAUUCAACAUACGACGACAAUUUAUGUAACAGAGGAUUCAAUCCAGCAGCAAAUGGGAGAUAUGCACAAUCACCAAUCUUUGGAAUGUGUUUCUUGCAUUAAACCGACACCCACAUUCAUUGACAACGUUAAUGAAAACGUUAAUAUGCUACUUGAUAACGAUCCUGGACCACGAUAUUGGUUAUUGACGGUAUUGAAAGCAGGAGAAAGCGUUCCGUCAAAAGUUGAGCUUCGACUAGCUAGACUUUACAAAGCAGCUUUUACUAGACAACAGCAAAAACAUUUAGGUCUACUGCCUGAAAUACAUGUGCGUAACAGCUUUUCUAAGCGUGAAACCAUCACGCAGAAUCAAACGACGGGAGAUUUGAAGGCUAGGCGAGCACUCUUGGUGGAACUCGAAAGUCGGAAUGACACGCAUUCUAAACCAGUCUCCAACGUCAAUGUCGGUCUCGUCCAGGUGCGUAUGCAUAACACCUCUCUGAUGGAGACCGGCGCCACGAAGCUCAUCUAUACGGUCCACCUCGGCGGCAAACCUGUGCCAGCAGAAACCGCGGCCAAGGACAUGGCGCUGCUCUCUGCCCAGGAGGUUGCUCUCGAACUUGGUACACCUGUACUCAUCCAGAGUGAACCCUAUCUAAAAGAAUCUCGUCCUCUAGCGCUCUCGAAGAAGCGAGACGCCUUAUUACUGGUCGGGGCGACUUCCCUCGGCGUAUUCCUGUUACUCAUCAUCGUUUUCGGUCUCUUUGUUCUCACCAAACACAAGCACGCUAAGGAUUCCGGUGUUAUACAGCCCAAUCAUAAAAUACUUAUAAAGGACGAGGAAUAUGCUCCAAUGACUUCUGAUGUUGACAAUACCGCCUACAUUGCUGAGACCGAGAGACGUAAUACCGCCAAACAAAAUGUUUGCGAUGCUACCAGAGAAAAUAAUCUAGAAGAACUGAAAAGACGCCAGGAACAUGUUGAAUCCUGGAAUACGGAAAACUACACUGGAAUUUCCAGACCAGAGUACGUAUAUUUUGUGCCCUUGCUCGUAUUUAGGCAUGUACAGCGGGCAAAUAUCGUCAAUGAUUCGCAAAGUCCGGAGUCUAUUGGUUCGACUGGAAUUCAAAUCGAUAAUCUCAAUCCUUUAGAAAAGAGCUUGUUGUCUGAAGAAGUGCUUGAAGAAAGUAUGGGAUCGCCAUACUCUUAUUUGUCCAUGCCUUCGUGUAAACAGUUCCCAAGUAUGAGAAGCGUCGAACCACUCUCCAAGGUCCUCGAAUCCACCAUUAUGAAGAACUUAGAUGUAGAGUUUGAACCUCCUGAAAUACAAGCAAGGGGCUAUAAUCUUGGGAAAGAAAAUGAUUAUGGUUUUUCAAGAACAUUGAGUGCCGGUAAAGAUCCCGGAGUCUUGGGGCCCAUCGUGUGGGAUUUGAAAAGAAAAAGAGCUGUGGAAGGUAUGGGCAAUAUCGCGCCAACGCCAGCAAAGCUGGAAUCUGAGGUCGUGCCUCAAGGGCCUGUGGGACGAGCGCGUAAGCGGCUCAACGAACUUUUCGAGGAUUCCUCCGGUCGGGUUGAAGUACGAGAGACAAAGCAACAAUCGACUUGCGAAAAACAACAACAGUCCGAUGCCAGGUGUUCACUACAAUGGUAUUCCCUUGAUUCGGAAAGUCGUGUAAAGAUCGUAUACAUAAGUAUGAACCGUAUAACUGCAAUUACGAAUUAUUGCAGUGAAGAGGUGGCACCAACAUUCGAGGAAACAUUGCGGUCUCAUAUAUCAGUACCGCGUAACAACAUAUAUAAGCAUAUUCUUGAAUCGGAGUACAUGGGUCCGCACCCUCGGGGAGCUUGGGGUUCUUGCCCCCUAAGUGCCGGACCCUUUCAUAAGCCCACCUUCCCCGAAGUCGAGGUUGUACGAGUACUAGCCGACUCACAGCUGCAAUCUGAAGAUUCUGCAGUAUCAUUUAUCGCUGCCAUUAAAAAGGAGCUUGGAAAAUUUACCUUCGAAAAAUUAUAGUGAAACCUAGCGAAAUUCUCUUACAACUAUAAGUUAGAUCCUAAAUUCAAUGUACUGUAUAAGUUGAAAAGCCUUAUAUUUAUUCAUCAUUAGUAUCACUUAUAAAAUAAUG